AUGUCUGAAUACAUCGGCUCGCGUAUCUCCCUCAUUUCCAAAUCCGACAUCAAGUACGCUCGCUCCCCCUCGCGCAGCCGCGCACGAGACAUGAGACACGCAGCUGACACGGCGCAGAUACGUUGGCACUCUCAAAUCGAUAGACAGCGAGACUGCGACCGUUUCUCUCGAGGGCGUACAAUGCUACGGCUCUGAAGGCCGACGAGGCAAUCCUGCCGACGAGAUCCCCGCCUCCGACACCAUCUACGAUGGCAUUGUCUUCCGUGGCAGCGAUGUCAAAGACCUCACCAUCCUCGCUCCACCCAAAGAGAACCGCCCUCCGCAGAUGCCGAAUGAUCCUGCGAUAUUAGGAGUACGUACAAUCUGACUACACGCACCCUAUCCCCGCAUUCCAUGAUGAAAGACUUUUGGAUGUUAAACACAAUUUCUACCGAUGGCGCAAAAACCAUGUGGAUAUCUCCAGUUGCCUUCCUUCUGAUCAAUCUUGACACUCGCUGCAUAUUGCUUCAUUCUCGCUGUGAAGUAUAUCUCGACUGACGCUUUGAGCAGACGGGAGAACCUACUCAGUCUUCCCAACCACAGCAACAACAGCAUCAACCCCCUCAACAUCCUAAUCAAUUCCAUGGCCCGCAGCCUCCGUAUCAGCAACAUCCCAAUCAAUUUGGAUAUCAAGGACCACCGCCCAAUCAGUUCCAACCGCCGCCUCGCUUUCAAGGCCCUGGCGGCCCUCAUGGCUUUCCCGGUCAGCCCGGCGCUGUGCCUGGCUACAUGGGAUUUCCACCGCCAGGCUACAACCCCAUGGGCUUUGGACCUCCUCCAGGUCCCGGGUUUCCGCCUGGCGGCCCACCAGGAGGCUUCCCUCCCCAUCAUCAGCCAAUUGGUCCAUCUGGCCAGCAAAUGAACCAGCAGCGACCGCCUCAGCAAAUGCCAGGACAGCCACAACAAGGACAGCCACAACAGCAGCAAGCGCCUGUUGGUAGCAAGCAGAACACUCCUCAGCCUCCUUCACAGGGCCCUCGAGCGCCCCCCUCACAACCCCAAACUAGGCCCACCGAGCUGUCCAGCACGCCCACACCUCCUCAACCUCCGCUCGAGUCGAAGCCACCUGCUGCUGCCGCUACCGCACCGUCCGCUGCGUCCCAAGUUCAGCAACAACCUCCCCCACAGAAGCCAUCGCAAAAGAUUAACAAUCGAGUUGCAGUUCCACUGGCGGCAGGCACACCGGCUGCAGCUAGACAACAGCAGCCGAAACCUGCCGCCCCAACUUCAGCACCUGCGCAGCAACAGCCAGCGCCUGUCGCCCAGCCGGCGACCACAGCGACCGCUACAGAAGCUGCCACGGCUGCCGUUGCUGCAGCUAUGGCUAAGCUUGGUGCGCAGAAUCAACAAGCAGGCGCAGUGGACAAUUUGACACAGAAGGUGAACCAGAUGAGAGUACAGGACGGCCAGACGAGAGGGCGUGGGCGUGGACGCGGUGGGCCGAGGGGAGGAAGACGCGAAAGCGCACAGAAGAAGGUUGAGGUCCCUCAGGAGGACUAUGACUUUGAGACUGCGAAUGCGAAGUUCAACAAGCAGGAUCUCGUCAAGGAAGCAAUUGCUUCGGGCAGUCCGUUGGCAAGCCCAACGAAUGGAGCAACACCAGAUCCCCUCGCAUCGGCGAUCAAUGGCCAUACCGAUGGCGCGGACGACGUGGCGAUCCCACCCAAGCCCUCCGAGAAGGGCUAUGACAAGAAGUCCUCAUUCUUCGACAACAUCAGCAGCGACCUGAAGGAUCGCGUUGAGCAGCAGUCACAGUUCGUGGAUGGACGAGAGAUGCGUCGUGAGGAGCGCAGCAAGAACAUGGAGACCUUCGGCCAGGGUAGUGUGGACGGGGGGUACCGAGGCCGAGGUCGUGGUCGUGGACGUGGACUCGGCGGUCGUGGAGGACGAGGGUUCUACGGAGCUCGUGGUGGCUAUGACAACUCUCGAGGCGCCGGCCCGCGAGGGCGCGGAAGAGGAGGUGCCGAGGCCGCAGCGGUCUAG